ACUUCUUAAAUGUGUGUUUACAUACAAGUUAGCUUAAGCUAAAAAGAGCAAGUUGACAAGUCCAGUAAUUGAUUUUAUAACUAUCUAACUGUAAGUACGUGAAGAUUACAGGGAUGCCGAUGUACGAGACGAUUACCGGUGCUGACAAAUACUCUGUGAUUUUAGACAUAGGAACUGCUUAUACAAAAAUUGGAUUUGCCAGAGAAACUGGACCGAGAUUUAUUAUUCCAACAGAAGUUGUGCACCCUCUUACUAGGAAGAUCACAAGAGUAUGGAAUUACCAAGGAAAGGAUGAUUUGUUCAUCAUCUUGAAAGAAUUUGUUCAUAAACUUUAUUUCAAAUAUCUGGCUGUCAAUCCCAAGGAUCGAAGAGCUGUCAUAGUGGAAUCUGUUUUGUGUCCUACAUUAUUUAGGAAUACAUUAGCUGAAGUUCUCUUUAUGCAUUUUGAGAUCCCCUCUCUUAUUUAUGUGCCUUCACAUCUUAUGGCAUUAUUUACUGUAGGAAUUUCUUCAGCAUUGGUAAUGGAUGUGGGCUAUUCUGAAACAAUUACACUCCCAAUAUAUGCUGGUGUUCCUAUUCUUAGUGCAUGUGAAAAUAUUCCUCUUGGAGGUCAGGUAAUUCAUAGGAGGAUAGAAGCUGAAUUGAUGGAAAAAGCAACUGUCAAAACAUCUGCUCCAGGUGAAAGAACAUUAGCUGAAGUUUUAUCAGAAUUAGAAGAACCAUUGAAGGAGUCAGUGUUGGAAGAUAUUAAAGUUCGUACGUGUUUUGUCACUCCUCGUGCAAGAGGCCUGAUUCUUCAAGCACAUGAAGCCAGAAAGCAAAUCAAAGGAAGUGUUUCACCUGAUCCAGAAUUGGAAGUUCCUCCACCACCUUUGGAUGUCAACUAUCCACUUGAUGGGGAGAAAACCUUGACAAUUCCUGGAACAUUAAGGGAAUGGGCUGCUGAAAUAUUAUUUGAACAAGAUGCUGAUAAUAAAUCUAUUGCUACAUUAAUUUUGGAUUCAUUAUUAAGGUGCCCAAUAGACACUCGACGAGAAUUGGCAAACAAUGUUAUAAUAAUGGGUGGCACUGCUAUGUUACCUGGUUUUAAACAUUCACUGCUUACAGAAGUUAAAAUGUUACUUGAUGAUCCAAGGUACUCAUCUCGAUUACCUUUAAAAGAAAUUAAAAUUCAUAAUCCACCAGCAAAAGAAAAUUAUGUAGCUUGGCUUGGAGCAUCUGCUUUUGGUGGAACAGAGGCCGUUCCUUCAAGGUCAAUAACAAGAGACCAGUAUCGUCAAACAAAAUAUAUUCCUGACUGGUCUGAUCACAAAUGGGCUGAAGAUUCUGGGAAAUCUUUAUCUUAAAUUUUAUUAUACAAGUUAACAAGAAAGUAUGUGUAUAUAUAAAUAUUGUAACAAUAAAGAAUAUUUGGUUAAAUUAAUAAAAAUAUGAUUAUAACUUUUA